UGAAUAUUGCUAUGGUCUGUACCACUUCAGUCUGCAGGCUGAUAGAGAGAGAUGUGAGACCGACUACCGCGGCUUCAGCUGGUUUUACCCCUUACGGAUAACUGACAACGCUAACAGUCUCGCAACGGACGGGGCACCGCUCACAUUUAAAGACUAGUUAUUGGAGCAGAAGGAAGCGUUGCUAUUGUUUAUUUUAGAGGCUUUCUGCUGUGAAGUGUGGCGGCUUUCUCUCAACAAGUGGCUGAUGGAUUUAAUGCACUUGGAUAUCAUUUCCACAGUGAGCUCAUUACCACAGUGGCUCACAGGGCUUUGUGUCCACUGCUCUUAGGAUUUAUGGCUCUGAUGAAAAAGGACUCACUUAAUCAGAUCCAACUCUUCCAGCUGUCGCUCUGCAUUGGCGGCACGCUGUGAGAAAAGACUCCACUCCGCUGUGCCUCAGCGCUCCUCAGACACUUGUCCUUGACAUCCAAAUGCUGCAUGUCGAUUGUCGUGCCAGCCGCCUUCUGUGAGUUAUGACGACGGCUGCUUCAUUGACUCAGGAAAGAGGCUCCUCCUCCGCUCAACAGUGAGCAGAUCACAUGAUGUAAUGAAGAAGGGUCCUGAAAGUCUGCUCUUCAAGGAGUCUGCCAACAGGAUAUGAGUAUUUUGAGCCCUGGGACGGAUAACAAAUCGAACCUUGUGGGAAUUGUGGGAGGCCCAGAAGAAUACUCCAGAGCCAUGCAGUCAGAAGAUCUAUUUGGCAGGAAACUCAAAGCCCUAAAUGGUAGCAUGGGACCACCAGCCUCCAACAUGCAGGGCAAACCUGAAUGCGCAGGCAAAACAAAUGGUACUCCAGCCAUGCCUAAAAUGGGCGUCAGGGCAAGGGUGACAGAAUGGCCACCAAGGAAAGAUGGAUGGGACGGGCGGCCUUCACCGAACUAUCAGAGUGUGAUACCAGUAUUUCAGAAUGGUCAGCAGGAACAUACUGUGGAAAUAUUGGAACAAGGCGAAUCAGUUUGUCUGGAGGUAGACUACUCUGACAAAUACACACUGAGUGACCUCCUCAGUCACUCCCCGCUGAAGGGUCUCCAUCCUAUCCGUCAACGAAGUAACAGUGAUGUUACCAUUAGUGACAUUGACUCUGAGGACAUAAUGGACCAGAAUGCUGUUAAUCCCAACACUGGGGCAUCGCUGCAUCGUGAAUACGGCAGCACAUCCUCCAUUGACCGUCAAGGCCUGGGUGGAGAUGGCUUCUUUACCAUGCUUAGGGGUUACCGAGUGGACACCCUGGACCACCGUAGCAUACCACCUCUGGGUUUCCCUGAGUUGUUGCGCUGUGAUGCCUCCCUCUCCCCCAGCCUGCAGACAGCAGCCCAGAUUGCCAGGGGUGAGAUAGUCCACAUUCCAGGCUACGACUACAUAGACAGCUCUCUCCUCUAUAGCCGGGAACGAGAGAAGUCCUUCAUGAGGCGGCUUAAAUCGGAAUCAUCUGAACCUUCUCUGUUCAGGAAACUGCGGACCAUAAAGAGUGAGAGUGAUGCCUUGCGUCUCUCAAUAGAGGAUGACCGGCGACCACUCAGCUUCCAAAAAUGCUUUGCGCACUAUGACGUCCAGAGUGUUCUUUUCAACAUCAGCGAGGCGGUGGCAAGCAGAGCUAACCUGAGCCAGAGGAAGAACACCACUACUGGGGCUUCAGCUGCCUCAGCUGGAGUAGGGCCUGGAGUUGGUGGAGUGUCCGGAGGUGGAGUUGUGGCUGGACCCGGAGCAGGGACAGAUGGCGGUGCAGCAGGGUGCAGCAGUGGAAAUGCCCCCAUGUUUGAGUCUCCGCUAGGCAGCAGGGAGGAUCUGAACCCCAAGGAGAACUUGGAUGCUGAUGAGGGGGACGGGAAGAGCAACAGUUUAGUGCUGAGCUGUCCACACUUUCGCAACGAGAUUGGUGGUGAGGGCGAGAGGAGGAUCUCCCUCUCCAGAGCCAACAGUGCUAGCUACAGUGGUGUGUCAGAAAGCUGCUCUUUUGAAUCAUCUUUAAGUUCCCACUGCACCAAUGCAGGAGUCUCUGUACUGGAGGUGCCCCGAGAAAACCAGCCUAUCCACAGGGAGAAGGUCAAACGCUACAUCAUUGAGCACAUUGACCUUGGCGCAUACUACUACCACAAGUUCUUCUAUGGGAAAGAACAUCAAAACUAUUUUGGCGUAGAUGACAAUCUGGGCCCUGUGGCAGUCAGUGUCCGCAGGGAGCGACUGGACGAUGGGAAGGAGAAAGAUGGAAUGCAGUACAAUUAUCGAGUCACCUUCAGAACAAGUCAGCUGACCACACUACGUGGAGCAAUCCUAGAGGACGCCAUUCCAUCUACUGCAAGACAUGGGACGGCCCGCGGCCUGCCGCUGAAAGAGGUGCUCGAAUAUGUCAUCCCUGAGCUUAAUAUCCAGUGUCUGAGGCUUGCCCUCAACUCCCCCAAGGUCCCGGAGCAGCUACUCAAGUUGGACGAGCAGGGGCUAAGCUUCCAGCACAAGGUGGGAGUGCUUUACUGCAAGGCGGGCCAGAGCACAGAAGAGGAGAUGUACAACAACGAGAGUGCUGGACCAGCACUGGAGGAGUUCCUGGAUCUGCUCGGCCAGAGGGUGCGCCUCAAAGGCUUCACCAAGUACAGAGCUCAGCUGGAUAACAAGACGGACUCCACAGGGACGCAUUCUCUCUACACCACAUAUAAGGACUAUGAGCUGAUGUUUCACGUCUCCACCAUGCUCCCCUACACACCCAACAACAGACAGCAGUUAUUAAGGAAGAGGCACAUUGGCAAUGACAUCGUCACCAUAGUAUUCCAGGAGCCCGGAGCCCUUCCUUUCACUCCAAAACACAUCCGCUCUCAUUUCCAACAUGUGUUUGUUAUCGUCAAAGUCCACAACCCCUGCACUGAUAACGUCUGCUACAGCGUGGCCGUGUCCAGAUCUAAAGAUGUGCCUCCUUUUGGCCCUCCUAUUCCCAAGUCUGUAACUUUCCCAAAGUCAGCAGUUUUCAGGGACUUUCUGCUUGCCAAGGUCAUCAAUGGAGAAAAUGCAGCACACAAGUCAGAGAAGUUCCGAGCCAUGGCAACUCGUACGCGGCAGGAGUACCUGAAGGACCUGGCUGAGAACUUUGUUAGUACAGCUACUAUUGACAAUGCUGUCAAAUUCAGCUUCAUCACCCUCGGAGCCAAAAAGAAGGAGAAGGUGAAACCCAGGAAGGAUGCACAUCUGUUCAGUGUGGGAGCCAUCACCUGGAGCGUCCGUGCCCGGGACUUUGGCCAGUCAAUGGACGUGGACUGCUUGCUCGGCAUAUCCAAUGAGUUUAUUGUGCUCAUCGAGGAAGAAUCAAAAAAUGUGGUCUUCAACUGCUCUUGUCGUGACGUCAUUGGAUGGACCUCAGGGAUUAUGAGCAUUAAGAUCUUCUAUGAGCGCGGGGAGUGUAUUAUGCUGUCGGCCCACGACAACUGCGGAGAAGACAUCAGGGAGAUGGUGCAAAGACUAGAGAUCACCACCAGAGGUUGCGAGACGUCAGAGAUAACUCUGCGUCGGAACAGCCUCGGACAGCUCGGUUUCCAUGUCAACUUUGAGGGCAUCGUGGCAGAUGUGGAGCCGUUUGGCUUCGCGUGGAAGGCAGGGCUGAGGCAGGGCAGCCGAUUGGUGGAGAUCUGCAAGGUGGCUGUCGCAACUCUCACCCAUGAGCAAAUGAUUGACCUUCUGCGCACAUCAGUCAGCGUCAAAGUGGUUAUAAUCCAGCCUCAUGAAGACGGCGCCCCCCGAAGGGGCUGCUCCGAGCUCUACCGCAUACCAAUGGUGGAAUACAAGGUCGACAGCGAAGGUACACCCUGCGAAUACAAGACACCCUUCAGGAGAAACACCACCUGGCAUCGGGUGCCCACAGCUGGUGGAGCACCUCUAUCCCGAGGCUCGCCCACACAGGGCCCUGAUCGCCUCCAGUGCCAGCAGAUCCUUCAGCAGCACCAGGCAGCUAUCCCACGAAGCACCUCCUUCGACAGGAAGUUGCCAGAUGGGUCCAGGACAAUGCAGGAUAUGGAGAACCCCCAGGUCACCUCAUGUAACAAGGGAGACCAGCAUUACCGCAGCUCCCCUAGUAACCAGUCCUCCUCCAGUGAUCCAGGACCCUGCGGUAACAGCACCUGGUCCCAGCAGCCUGGAUAUGAUGGUUGUCCUUCCCCUAUUCUCCACGAGCGGGCAGGGGACAUGCAGGGGGGCGAUGGAGAAAUCCACAGGGAGAGGGAGCCCACCCUGGAGAGGACCAGGUCUGCAGAGGCCAAAUGGCACAUCCCCUCCACCAAGAUCCUGAACCCUCUGAAGCAAAGAGAAGGUGGAAAAGACUCUCCCAACAAGCUGUCCAGGACGGGCGAUAAAAACUCAAGCCACUCAAGUAGCAACACUCUCUCAAGCAAUGCCUCCAGCAAUAGCGACGAUAAGCACUUUGGCUCUGGAGACUUGAUGGACCCAGAGAUGCUGGGCCUCACUUACAUCAAAGGGGCUUCCACAGACAGCGGCAUUGACACUAAUCCCUGCGUGGCCCCUGGGGCCCGGGUGUUGCUGCAGGGCAGGGUGGGAGAGCAGGGACACCCCUGGGUAUCAGAGCACCAUGAGGACGGGGCGUCAGAAGAGGAUCAUGGGAAACUGUACCUGCCACAGGGCUACGCCUCUGCCAUUAUGUCUAGUCAUGUGACGGAAGGAAGCAUCGGCGACCUAAGCGAGAUCUCAUCCCAUUCAAGUGGCUCACACCACUCUGGCAGUCCCCUGGCCCGUGGUGCCAGAUACUGUAUGUCCGCAGACUCCUCCAAGGUGUACACCAUCCCCCAGACCAGCAGCUCAGGGCCAGGGCCAGAACCGGGGCCAGGGCCCAGCUCAGAGGCCUGUGGACAGACACGACCACAGUCUGGUUGCAAACUCCUUGUGGGAAUGAAGACGACUGAUGAUGAUGAUGAGGAUGAGGAUGCCCGCAGCACUGAGGGACCUCCCAGCAUUUCAGAGUGUGGGCAGCUGUAUGCACAGGAGGCUGCCUGCCGGCUCCAGGCUGCUGAGAGGGAUGGAAAAUCACUGCAGAGGCUUUCGAAAGAAGAGUAUCUUAAAAUGAUGCUGCCCGACAGCCCUCCUGGAGAGGACAGGAGUCGGAAGGUGUCAGCAGUGGGCAGUUUGUCACCGAGACGCUCCCUAUACCGGACUCUAUCGGAUGAGAGUGUGUGUAGUAACCGCAAGGGUUCGUCCUACGCCAGCUCGCAUAGCUCCAUGCUGGACCAAGCCAUGCCUAACGACAUACUCUUCAGCACCACACCACCUUACCACAGCACGCUGCCUCCUCGCAUGGUCCACAACCAGGGAGCAUCCAACCUAAAGAAUGAGUUUUGGUUCUCUGACGGCUCCUUGGCGGACAGGUCCAAGUUCAGCGACCCGGGUCUCAUGCCCCUCCCAGAUACUGCCUCAGGCCUGGACUGGUCUCACCUGGUUGACGCAGCACGAGCCUUUGAAGACCAGCGCGUGGCAUCUUUCUGCACCAUGACGGACAUGCAGCGGGCAGAGGCUCUGCAGAUCUCAAGAGAGCUGACCAGACGGGUGGUGGAGGCGGAGGGAGCAGCGCUGGAAGCAGACGGCUCCCCCUCCACACUGACGGGCAAAGUCAACCAGUUGGAGGUGAUCCUCAGGCAGCUGCAGCAUGACCUCAGAAAGGAGAAAGAGGAUAAGGCGAUGUUGCAGGAGGAGGUUCAACACCUGAGACAGGACAACAUGCGACUGCAGGAGGAGAGUCAGACAGCGGCGGCUCAGCUAAGGAAGUUCACAGAGUGGUUCUUUCAUACCAUCGACAAGAAACCCUGAGAGAGAGAGAGAGAGAGAGAGAGAGAGAGAGAGAGAGAGACCCGCGGAAAAAGAGAGGGAGCGAGUGCAAGAUGGCCUUCACUCCUCCUGAGCACCCACUAAACUUCUACUUAAGACUCCCAGAUGAUCCACAGGCAAACAAACUUUCAAACAAACCAUUACCGGCCACCAGAGUAAUCAAGACUGUAGUGCAGUCCCUGAAACCCUGACCUGGACCUUAGCUUUGGGAUCCUCUUCUGUCUGAAGCGCAGGGCUGUUUCUGACAUUUUUCCAUCCUGGCAAACGAGACUCUUGGGAAACCUCCUCAUCUCCAGCGCUGGGGAGGAAUUAAGGAAGGCGACCCCUGGGGGCCCCUCGCCGGUGUCCCUGGGAUCUUCUUACAGUAGUGGAAUGUAAAGCUCAUUUACUGUAGUCAACAUAUAAUCUACCUACGUAUGUCCCGUCAGUCUACUGUACUGUAUACUCAGCUGUACUGUAUCAUACUGCGCACACUGUCACACAGCUGUUUCUGUGCCGCCCUUCACGGACACAGGAAAGUAGAGCGGGUGAGGCGAGGAGGGGAGGAAUGUACUGGACAUAAUGAAGUGGUACUUGCUGUCUGCUUGCACCAAGAGGAAUUCACAUGUGGCGGUCUUGAAAAGUACAGUGUGUGGGGGGGGAAAUGAAUGUAGCUCAACUGAAGCUCUUUUUUUCUUUUUUUUCUUUUUUUUUUUUUUUUUGGCUGGAUAUCUGGUUCCCAAAGUCACAAAGGUUUCAAGGUUUGAAGUUCUGGGCCAUUUUCCUUUUGAUAAAUUCCGCUUUUCUGUUCUUCAGUAUUGUAAUUGUAGGGUCACAUGGCAGUAAGUUUGAUGUUUUAAGGUGCUUUCCCUACGCACACGUUUGUCAGUAGUUUGCAUUCACUGUCACAAUGUCCUAGCAAUAAUGAAGUGGUAGUUACAAAACUGU